GGAUAUAAUGAAAGACGAAUGCUUGACUCUGAAACUGCAAGUAAAAGAGAAAGAUGAACUCAUCUCCCAACUUCGUGAAGAGCUGGAAAAAGCUCGGCAUUUACAGAGUGUGCUUGUCUCGCAAGUAGAUAAAUCCACACAGACUGAAGUUGUAGGCCAUGAUGCCCUGUGGAAUUCUUCAUGUACUGACGGUUCAGUUUACAAACGUAUCAGCAUCUCAUUGGUACCAACAUUUUAACUGAAUAAAAUAUGCUUGGAUACAAGCUACAUAGACCAUUAAUUUAACCCUCUCCUAUUUGCCUGUGUAAAACGGAACCUGUGUUGGCUUCAUCUAUUUAAUGACAUCUCUGAGGGGCAGAGGGAAAAAUCCUUCUUUAACAGCAAUAACAAAAUACUCUACACUAUUCUCUCAACUGCAUUAAGCAAUAAUUGAUUAAUGGUGACCAAAUUUUGCAGAAUUGAAAUAAAAUACAAUUGUAUUUCUA